UCUGGGCAAUCCAAGAUGGUGAGGAACUGCUCGGAGUGCAAGGAGAAGAGGGCAGCUCACAUCCUCUGUACCUACUGCAACCGCUGGCUUUGCAGCUCCUGCACGGAGGAGCACCGGCAUGGUCCGGCCCCUGGGGGCCCGCUCUUUUCCCGGACCCAGAAGGGAUCUCCAGGAGUGAAUGGUGGUUCUGGAGACUUCGCCUUGUACUGUCCUCUACACACGCAGGAAAUUCUCAAGCUGUUUUGCGAGACCUGUGAUGUGCUUACUUGCCAUAGCUGCCUCAUGGUGGAACACAAAGAGCACAGGUGCAGACAUCUUGAAGAAGUUUUGCAAAACCAGAGGAUGCUUCUGGAAAGUGUGACUACGCAGGUGGCCCAUAAGAAAUCCAGUCUACAGACAUCUGCAAAGCAAAUUGAGGACAGGAUUUUUGAGGUGAAGCACCAGCACAGGAAGGUGGAAAACCAGAUCAAAAUGGCCAAGAUGGUUCUGAUGAAUGAACUGAACAAACAGGCCAAUGGACUCAUAGAGGAGUUGGAGGGCAUCACUAAUGAGAGGAAGCGGAAGCUGGAACAGCAGUUACAGAGCAUCAUGGUUCUCAACCGCCAGUUUGAGCAUGUGCAGAAUUUCAUUAACUGGGCUGUCUGCAGCAAAACCAGCAUCCCUUUCCUUUUCAGCAAAGAGCUGAUUGUGUUUCAGAUGCAGCGAUUGCUGGAGACAAAUUGUAACACAGACCCUGGCUCCCCUUGGAGCAUCAGAUUCACUUGGGAGCCUAACUUCUGGACCAAACAGCUGGCUUCCCUAGGCUGUAUAACUACUGAGGGUGGACAGCUGUCCCGGGCAGAUACUCCUGCUUAUGGAGGCUUACAGGGACCAUCAUCUUUUUACCAAAGCCACCAGUCCCCAGUGGCUCAGCAAGAGACUCUCAGCCAUCCCUCGCACAAGUUCCAGUCUCCAGCAAUCUGUUCCUCCUCGGUGUGCUGCUCCCACUGCUCCCCAGUCUCACCCUCCCUCAAAGGCCAGGUCCCCCCACCCAGCAUACACCCAGUGCACAGCUUUAGGCAGCCCUCCGAGAUGGUACCCCAACAGCUGGGCUCCCUGCAGUGCUCCAUGCUGCUGCCCAGGGAGAAGGAACUGCCCUGCAACCCUCACCCGCCAAAGCUGCUUCAGCCCUGGCUGGAAACCCAGCCCCCUGCCGAGCCGGAGAGCACACCCCAGCGGCUGGGGCAGCAGCUGACUUCACAGCCCGUGUGCAUCGUUCCCCCACAGGAUGUUCAGCAAGGAGCCCAUGCCCCGCCCACCCUGCAGACACCCUCCAUCCAGGUGCAGUUUGGCCACCACCAGAAGCUGAAGCUCAGCCACUUUCAGCCACCGCCACAGCAGCAGCUGCCACUUCCGCCCCCUCCGCCCCCUCCACCCCAACAGCAGCCACCCCCGCCUCUCCCUCCAUCCCAGCAUCUGGCCUCUAGUCAGCACGAGAGCCCCCCGGGACCCGCCUGUUCCCAGAACAUGGACAUAAUGCACCACAAGUUUGAGCUGGAGGAAAUGCAGAAGGACCUGGAGCUUCUCCUUCAGGCUCAACAGCCCAGCCUGCAGCUGAGUCAGACCAAAUCACCUCAGCAUCUACAACAAACCAUCGUGGGGCAGAUCAAUUACAUUGUGAGGCAGCCGGCGCCCGUCCAGUCCCAGAGCCAAGAGGACACUGUGCAGGCUGCGGAUGAGCCCCCAGCAUCUGAAGGCCCAAAGCCGCCGACUCUCCCCCUUGACAAGAAUACUGCUGCUAACUUGCCCCAGGCAUCUGGGGAGGAAACCCCUCACAGUGUCCCCGCAUUGGACAGCGCCAUCCAGCACUCCUCUCCGAAUGUGGUGAGAAAGCACUCCACUUCUCUGAGCAUCAUGGGCUUUUCCAACACACUGGAGAUGGAGCUGUCAUCUACCAGGCUGGCGAGGACCCUUGAGCCACAGAUGCAGAGCACAAGCAGCCUGACAGUUGCCCCACCCCAAGUGAUGCCCCAUGUGGUACCAAGCCUGCUGAGUGGCCCCCCACCAACCAUGUCCAGCCUAGUGAGCGGUCAAAACCAGGCUGUGCCCAGCCUGACAGCCAGUCACCUGCCAGCCAUGCCCAGCCUUGUGCGUGGCCCACCCCAGUCCAUGCCCAGCCUAAUGAGUGAUCCCUCCCCAGCCAUCUCAAGCCUGGCAAGUGAUCGCUCUCAGGCUGGACCCAACCUGAUGUCUGGUCCCACCCAUACUGUGCCAAGCCUGGCAACCUGUCCGCUGCAAAGUGUGCUUCCAGCUUCUGAUGUGCAGCCAGAGACUGGGUCCGGCUCCAGUCCUGGUGCUGGCCGAACUGCAGGGGGCCUGUGCCCUGGGGAUGGAACUGACCCCUCCCUGGGGAAUGCCUUGUGUAAGAUGGAAAGUGAGGAAUCUACCCGCUUCACUGACUCUCUGGGACAAGGCCCUACAGCCGCUGCUCUGGAUGCUUCCAAGGACUUGUCUAUCCCCUCAGACCUGGAGGAGCCAAUUAACCUCUCUGUGAAAAGACCCACACUGGUGCCAGUGGUCAACACAUCUGUGGCCCUGCAGCAGCACCGGAGCCCAAGAGAGUAUGAGAAUUUUGAACAAGGAGCCCUCGGGCUGAACACAAAAGGGAACCAGAGUAUCAGACCCUUCAGUAAUGAGCCCAAGAUUCCCUAUGUGCGCCUGGAGCGGCUCAAGAUCUGUGCCGCCUCCUCGGGCGAGAUGCCGGUGUUCAAGCUGAAGCCACAGAAGAAUGAUCAGGAUGGGAGCUUCCUGCUGAUCAUCGAAUGUGGUGCUGAGUCCUCCAGCAUGUCCAUUAAGGUCAGCCAGGACCACCUGCCUGAUGCCAUCCAGGCCCCAAAUCUGGGGGGAAGAAAGGUCACUGUCACAUCUCUGGCUGGGCAGCAGCCUCCAGAGGUGGAGAGUGCAUCUCCUGAAGAACACAGGCUCAUUCCUCGAACCCCCGGAGCCAAGAAGGGGCCCCCAGUACCCAUAGAGAAUGAGGAUUUCUGUGCUGUCUGCCUCAACGGCGGGGAGCUGCUGUGCUGUGACCGCUGCCCCAAAGUGUACCACCUUUCCUGCCACUUGCCAGCCCUGCUCAGCUUCCCAGGGGGAGACUGGGUGUGUACUUUGUGCCGCAGCCUGACCCAGCCUGAGAUGGAGUAUGACUGUGAGAAUGCCCGCUUUAGCCAGCCUGGAGUGCGGGCCCCUCCUGGCCUGAGCAUAUAUGACCAGAAGAAGUGUGAGAAGCUGGUGCUCUCCUUGUGCUGCAAUAGCCUCAGCCUGCCCUUCCACGAGCCUGUCAGCCCGCUGGCCCGACAUUACUACCAGAUUAUUAAGAGGCCCAUGGACCUGUCGAUCAUCCGGAGGAAGCUGCAAAAGAAGGACCCAGCUCACUACACCACCCCGGAGGAGGUGGUAUCAGACGUCCGCCUCAUGUUCUGGAACUGUGCUAAGUUCAAUUACCCCGACUCUGAGGUUGCAGAGGCAGGCCGCUGCCUGGAAGUGUUCUUUGAGGGCUGGUUGAAGGAGAUCUACCCCGAGAAACGGUUUGCUCAGCCACAGCAGGAGGACUCAGACUCUGAAGAGGUGUCUAGUGAGAGCGGGUAUUCCACUCCCCAGGGUUUUCCGUGGCCCCACUACAUGCAGGAGGGCAUCCAACCCAAGAGGCGGCGGCGACAUAUGGAGAAUGAAAGAGCAAAACGAGUGUCGUUCCGCCUGGCUAACAGCAUCUCCCAGGUGUGAGGGCUGGAAGGAGACCAAGCACUCUGGCAGCUGGUGCCUCCUCCUGUUGACCCCUCC